AUGGACGCCCUGACGGACUAUCAAAUCAUGGUGGCAGUUCUGCGAAAGUGCAAGGUUCUUUGGCAGGCAGUAACCACCGCCGUAGAACAUUCCAAAUGUCGUUGGGAUAAGUGGCUCAAAAGUGUGAUUGUAUGUAGGGCUAUCUUAACAGAUUACCAAAUCACGUUGUUAGUUCUGUGGAGGUGCAAGUUUUGA